CUGCCUUACGGAUAGAAAAGUUAUGCGUUUGAAAGAAAAUGACAAGAAUUGGUGUUGUGAACUUGGGUUUCUUAGAAAACGGAGGCAGGUCUAGAAGGAGAAUGCGAGGUAGACGUCUGCGACGUCAACGAUCCCGGCUUCCUGUGCGACACCGGAAGUGUCAUCAUGAUCCACACUGUGAUGUGUCGAACAAGGGGACGUAAUUGCGACAUGGUGGCCUAUCGGGAGGUGACGCGUCUGUGCUCCGGACGACAGUACUGUCUCAGCGCCGAUAUGUGGCUGAUAUCAGGAAAAUACUGUGAGCGGAAUGACAGGCGGGCCUUUCUGUCAAUAGCCAUUGUCAGCUACAUGUGUGUCUCAGCGCAUGCCGUGGAAUCGAACUGCAGUCAGCGUGGUUUCCGAGUAUCACGUGAUCAGAGGUAUCUGUCCAGUCCAGGCUACCCCGCCUUGGUGACGGGUAACUCCAUGUGUUCCUGGAAACUCUACCCGCCUCACGGUUAUAAGGUAGACAUAUAUGUCAGGGAAUACCUGCACCGUGACGACACCGGUCAGCAAUAUCUCAGGAUAAAAGAGUUGGCGAAAAACGGCCAAAGUCUUCAGCUUGACUCGACAGCAAAACGUGAACUUACGUCAACGCUCAGCGGAGAGGUGGAGCUGUUACUCGUCACGGAUGGCUCUACCAAAGGUCACAGAAUGUGGGUGGAAUACCGAUAUGUGCCGGAAGAAUCUUUGGAACAUCUCCGUCCUUUUCCAGUUCCAAAUAAAACAGAGUGUGGCUCUGUUCUUCUUAAUAAAACCAGUUUUCCAGGCCUCCGCCCCCGGCCUGGAUUUGGGUCAUCAACCAUUCCAACAUCCUCCCCUACUCUUUCCAAACCCUCAUCAACACUAACAACAUUAUAUGAGAAAUCCACAAGGCAUAAAGAUUUUACAAACCCAUUUUUUACUAGCACCCGCACAUCCCCUGGUGUCAACAGUACAGAUGUUCAUAAAGGUGACGGACCCAGUACAGCAAUAACAGUUGCCAUAGCAGUCUGCGCAAUCGGGUUAGCGUGUUGUAUAGCCGCUAUCUGGGCAACAUGUCGACACAGGCGGAAAAAAGCUACAGCGAACAGCCGUAACUGUCUAGCGACGGACACCUACAGCGUGGAAUACGACAGGGCUUCUCUAAACUCCACCCCCUCAUCCCACCCCUACAGCCGCCCCUCCCCCCUCGUCACCGCCCCCCGACAACAUCACGCCCUCGGCAUGGUUGACAUAGUGCGUCAGUCUGAGAUGGUUCAUUUGAAAAGUGGAUAUCACUCCCCUCCAGAGACGAUUAUGGAAGUGGCACAGACGCCUGAUAUGGAUACCUCUGCCAUGACAGAACGAGACGGACAGGCGGCCGAUACUCUGGACUUGUCAAAAUAUCUUAUAACGGAUUCUGAGAACCCACCCUGCACGCUCUCUAAAACAAGCAAACAGAGUAACGAGCGGUCGGUGUAGUGUGUCGUUGGCUGAGAGCAAAGACGUGAGGACGUGAGGACACGUCACUUUUAGAAUUACAGCCUGUGAUUACAGCUUGGCUAUCAACGCGCUGAAAAAAUUUCAAUAUCAUCCCCUGUGUGAAAUAUGUUGAUCCAGGUGCAAUGCGACUGAACUUGACAGUUUUGUGCUUCGUAUAGAGAAUCGACCUCGCUUCGAAUUUGUUUUUCGGCAGCGAAUUCUUAGCCUGUUUUGUUAAUCAUCUGUGUUACAUUUUGAGGCUAUGGGAUUAGCUAUUCUGCUUCUUGGAUGGUUACAUUUUGUGUGAUGAUGUAACAUCUUCCACGUGUUCAUACCGAGAAGCCAGCAUCAUGCGAUUUUCAAAGGGAAAGACGUUACUCGUCAUCAUCCCGGCUCCACUGUACGACGCAGACUUUCUGGAAGUGAAAACCUUCUGUUGGUUGCGUUCUUUAACAGGUCGUGGCCCGAAAUGUAUGCUAUAUCUCUCUUAGUCCUGAUAACACCUAUCGUGUAUCAUGCCAUCAUGCCGGCUAGUUCGUACGUCAUGAACAAGGCGUUCCCAACGUUAACAGAGAAUUUCCGGGAGUGGGGGUGUGAUUCCCACUCUACCGACCUUCCCCGACUUUAGGCAGAUAACACGCAUGUAAAAAAACACGGUGAUACUAGUGAAAUGUUAUGAAUCAUACAUGUGCUUGUCUGAUAAUUGCCCUACGUGCUGAUUAUGCGAAUAUCAAAUUAUGAAAUAUAUCUAUAUAUUUAUAAACAA